ACAGAUGGCGCCUGCUUCUAUGUCGAAUGACAGGCGCCGAAGAAGUGUCGUCACCUCACCCCCCUUAUCUAUUCAUUCUCUCUAAGGGCUGGCUUAAGUGAGUUGAAUGUGGGGUGGCUUUUAUCAAUAAAAAUAUAACAAUGGGUCAAAUAUUUCGUGAGUUUGAUAAAAAAUCAUCGGAUGGUAAUAGCGAAAGUGAAUCAAGCAAUGUUUCUUACGUCUCUUCAGAUGCUGAGGAAAUAGAAACAGAAGAUGACAACAACCCUUCUUGUGAUGAAGCUUUCGAAGACAAAGACACAGCUGAUGAUUGUCAAGAUAAUGAAGAUGAAGUUGUAAAAGCAAUUCUUGCUGAAAAAAAUAAGUUACGUGAUCAUCCACCCCCUAUAACAACAGAGGACUUUAUUGUUGAUAUAUCAUUUAGUCCCAUUAAAAAUUUAAUUGCAAUAGCCAACAUUGUUGGUGAUAUAUUACUAUAUGAAUAUUCCAAUGAAGAAGCCAAACUUGUUAACACAUUUGAGCUGCAUUUGAAAGCUUGUAGAGAUGUAGAGUUUGAUGAUUCUGGCCUCACUAUGUAUUCAACAGCAAAGGACAAGGUCAUAAUGGCAACAGAUGUUGAAACUGGAAAAUUAAAACAAUGCUAUGAAAAUGCACAUGACGACCCUGUCUAUAAAUUGCUAUGUUUGGAUAGUUCGAAAUUUGUAACAGGUGAUGAUGGAGGAACUAUUAAACUGUGGGAUUUGAGGAAGCCUGGUGCUAUAUUUUCUCUGAAAAUUGGUGAAGAUUAUGUUUCUGAUAUGAUUACAAAUGACUCUCAAAAGUACUUGGUAUGUGCCGGUGGUGAUGGAGUGCUGUCAUCUGUCGAUUUAAAAGCAAGUAAACUAUAUACUACAUCUGAAGAAUAUGAUGCGGAGUUGACGUGUAUGGGACUGUUUAGAUCUGAUACAAAAUUACUAGUUGGUUCUGGUAAAGGAAAACUCUACUUAUUCAACUGGAAAGAAUUUGGAUUACACAGUGAUGAAUACAUUGGCCAGAAACAGUCUAUACAAUGCAUGGUACCAGUGACUCAAAAUAUUGUAGUUACUUCAGGAGAAGAUGGAAUACUGCGGGCCACUCAUAUGUUUCCUCAAAGACAAUUAGGCAUAGUGGGACAACAUCAACUACCUGUAGAAUGCUUGGAUAUAAGUCAUGAUGGCCAAUUUAUUGCUUCUUGCUCCCAUGACAAUGAUGUAAAAUUCUGGAAUAUUUCAUAUUUUGAAUCACUUGAUUCGAUCAUCGACCUAAAUCACAAGCAAGAUAAAAAGAGGGAUAUGAUAAAUAACUUACCAUCUAGUACUAUAAAAAAUGCUUCAGAUUUCUUUUCAGGUUUAUUGUAAUAUCUAGGUACCUAAAUACCUAACUUUGUCUUGAAUAUGGUAAAUUUGGGUCCUAUACAUGGUGUUGAAUGACACGGAGCGACACACGUUUUGGCGAAAAAAAAUUGUAAUUAAAUAUUAUUGAGGGCUGACAAAUAAUAAAUAAUAAUAAUUAAUACAGACGAACAGAUGAACUAAUAAUUAAUACAGAGAAACAGACGAACUAUUUAUGUGCUAACCUGUGCUAACCGGGUGAAGAGUGAUGACAGGUUUGAUACAAAUGUCCCUAUUUUCAGUAAUCUGAUGGUUAAUUAUUUUUGGAAUUUAAUAAUAAGUUUUAUUGACAAAAUGUGCUAUGUUUCGGCGUCAUUCGAACCCACUUAUAAGACCCGGGACACUCAUUUUUAUAACUCAAUUUGUAUAAAUAUGACCAUCAAAAAUAUGCUGUAAAAACCCAAGUCUAGCAGCUUAGUUUUUCUACCGUAAAAAGUUGUGAGAUCCAUUUUACCAAGUUGAUUAAUUUAUUUAGUCCCUACUUAAGGGGCCUUCUGUCUUAAGUUAUUACGCAAGUUAUUAUCAUUAUUAAAAAUCAUAGUGUUUAUACAAUACCUGCUUAAUUACUGAAAAUGCAGGCUUCUUGUUUUAUCCACAACGAAGUUUGGGUUCGAAAUUGGCCUGAAUUGCUUCGAGAAAAGGAUGGUAAGGCCGUGCCUUUUUUUGCUCGACUUGCGGGGCCGUGCCCCCAGAUUAAAAAGUUUGUGAUUUCAAGUUACAAGUUUUUUAUUUCAGGUUAAAUCUAACCAGAUAUUGUUUAAUGAUUUGCAAUGUACCUAUAUAUUCCAUUACAUACUAAUUAUUCGUACAAAUUCUCAAAAAGCAAUUAAAAUUGGUUACACCCAAAAUUUUAAUUACUUGAUUGAAGAAUUCUCUAGCAAAAUUUUGGGAAACUGACCCUAUCCGAAUUCUAUGUAUGCUAAUAAGUUAACACCACCUAUUUUAAUAAUUAAAUUUAGAUCUUAAGUUGUAAGUUAAUUUAAGAAAUCUGGCAUAGAAAUAAAGAAGGUACGACCUGUUCCAUGUGAAGAAAGCUUGCUGGAUAAUUGUGUGAAAAGACUUAACCUCGAACUCCUACAUUUUCUAGUUGCCCUAGAAGUAUAUUUAUGUUUCACGCAUUCGAACGCAUGAGACAUAUCUAGAAAUAAUCCUUUACAUGUUGAUUUGGUAUUUAAUGUUUCCCAUAUGUCUUAAAAUCUCAAAUAUUUGUAUGUUUUUGAAAGCCAAACUGAUUUUUGUGAAUAGAUAUUAUCAAACUGGAUAGUCUACCCUGAAAGGCUUUUUCAAAUAUUUUUGAAAAACAACAAUAAAGCAAUCGGUAUAUAAUUAUUUAGGUACGUCCAUUUUUAAUCUAUUUUUGUAAAGUGGCUUCACCUUGGACAAUUUCAAAUCAUCGGGAAAUGUUCCACUUACAAGCAUUAUAUGUACCUAAAUAAAUCAAAGCUCACUAAUAUAAUAUGGCUUUUUUGAUUAUUUGCUUAUGGAUAUCAUCAUAACUGUUGGCGAUGAAUACAUUAAAUUAAAAUCUCAUUAGGUUUUGACGUUUUUAAAAGAAAAACUGUAUUGACUGUGUUAUUCAAAAUAAACUUUGGAAAAAUAAAUGUUGCUAAAAACGGCUGUAUCGAUUAAGUCGCACAAUUGUAUCACUUGAAAUAUAAUUUGAACCAGCUGACGCUGUCGUCUACAUUUGUUGGUUCUUCUCCCGGUAAUAGUGAGUAACAGUGUCAAUGUUCUACACACCAAGAACACCGUGUAGAGUAACGCUGAGCGCUGGUACGCACGUGUUCGAACAGACGACGCACGAACAGCAGCAACCUCCUACCGCGCCGCCAGUUCAAAAACCACCAAAACGUCAACUUUACGUCGGGAGUUGAAAGCUGCCCAUGCGAAAACGAAAAUUGAAAUAGAAGCUGCACAGUUGGAGGCGGAGGACAAAGCAGACGCUGCUCAAGCCAAAUCAGACGCAGCUCAAGCCAAGGCAGUUGCGAAAAUGGAAGCAGCUCAGGCAAGGGCAAAUACAGUCCGAUCUUUUUGAAAAAAUAAAUGUUGCAAAAAAACCGCUGUAUCGUUUAACUCACACAAUUAUAUCAUUUGAAAUAUAAUUUGAACCAGCUGACGCUGUCGUCUACAAUAACCACAUUUUUUCUUGUUUUUGAAAUUCAUUACAAUAGUUUUGAGUUCAUUAGCAUCAACAGGUUUGAGAAAUAUACUAUUAUUUUGCUGUGAUGAUAAGAUUGUUUUAUAGUUAUUACUUACAUUAUUCUGAAGGUUAUUUUUGAAAUAUUUGUUUAAAGACUGUGUGAUGGGUCGUCGGUUAGGUAUAGUUAUCGGUUAGGUUAGUAAUAUGCAAUUUUUUUCAACAGGAUUUUUGAUAUGGUUUGGAGGAACUACAUUGAUUUAUUAAAGACCAUAGUUGAUGGUAGCUUUUACUUUAUCGUCACAUUUAGCCUCACGAGUUAUUAAUUUAAGUAGUACCUAAGCAGUAUUUUUUGUAUUUCUCUUUGAACAUUGUAUCUUUUUUCUUAAUUAUAUUAUUAUGCAUCA